GGAAGAUUGGGAGAGACGGAUGAGGAUGAGGAGAGGAGAAAACAGUGAAACAAGGAGAGAGGCAGAGAAAAAUAGCAUAAAUAGAAGAACAGCACGAGAUAGAGGAUCAUUUGUCACCCAGGGCUGUAUGACGUCAAGGGACAGAAAGAAGCAAAAAGAGAGCAUUGUUUUUUAACAGCUAACGUUUUAACGAAUAGCUAACGAAUAGGAUAUAGAAGUGUUUUUACCAUGUCUCAAGGAAACUAAGCCCUAACAUUUGGCAACGUUCUGAGUACGGGGGAAGUGGAACCUUGUGCUGCGCGAAACGUGUGGACCUCUCCUGAUCAUGCUCAAUUCUAAUGAUAACUGUAUUGUUGGAUUUGGACCACAUCAUGGCAGUGUACUCCAAGGUUGAGCGUACAAGGAAGCAGUAAAGGAUUUUCAAACGGGAGAGAUUUCGAAAUUGAUCGGUCAUUCGACGCCACUAAUCAAGAGAUCGGUUGGCUUUGGAGAUUACACAUUACAGUUGCUGUCGGUAGCACACACAUUCCAGCCAUCUGGAUCCGGGGGGACACAGUCAACCUGACAAACGUGAUUGUGAUGCUUGCGUACCAGCAAAGCUGAUCUUGCAAAAGAGAUAAGCGUGCAAUAGUGUUAAUAAAUUUUACGACGUCAUCGGUUAACCGGUAGUGAGCCGUUAUCGUGGCUCCCAGUGACAGGAUAUUUCCGUGCCUCGGUUUUAGCAUCAAUGUCGAUCAUUUUCAGUUCGGAAAUGAAAGCAAUUUAUUUGCUGUCGGUUGGUUUGAUUUAUUUCUGCAAAACCGUUGCAAGCCUUGAGGAACCAAACACAACGCUAGCCCCGGUGGAAAAUUACAAAACCAAUCCGUACUGCUUCCGGUUCACGUGGAUGGGCCCGAAGUACAACAAGGACACGCCGUACAAAAACCUCAGCUGUGACAACAUCCUGAAGAAGGCGAAGGGCAUUCCGUGCUUUCAUCCGUUGGUUAUAACGAACAACACCAACGUACCGGACACUAACUACAUGUGGGAAGAGUACAAAGACAAACCGUCCCAAAUUGCUUGCCGGCUCGUGCGUGGGGAGGUGUGCGCCCGGUAUUCCUAUCGCUACAACGGUGCAAUUGAAAACAUAACUUACAUGUGCGCCAAACUCAACGUGGACAAUGAGUCGUCUACCUCGACCAGUUGCUUUAAGGAGGAUCGGCUGGGACGGGAGAUCGAGGUGUGUGUCUGCGAAUCGGCCGCCGGUCGUACGCCCUGCAAUCGAUCGACAAUUGUGCUGGCGGAUGGUGCACCCGUCGCGCCGAUGAUGCUACUGCUGGCCGUGGUACAGUUGCUACUAAUAAAGUGUUUACAGUUGCGGUAGCUAA